AUGCACACCGUCUUUCGAAUUGGUGAAAUUCGAAAACUUGACAACAAAAGUCCACUUUAUCAAGUGGACCUUAAACUUACGUCUGAUGAUGACCAACAACUUCGUCAAUUAACCGAUCGUAUACGACAAGAAACAUCGGGCAGCACCUGGUGGCAUAGAAUGGGUCAAUUGCUGCUCACAAUUGGUCAAUUUGACAAGGCUGAAGAAUUAUAUACAGCACUACUAGAACAAGCAUCCAACGACAGUGAUAAAGCAGAUAUCUAUCACCAGCUCGGAUGGGUGAAACAAGACCAAGGACAACACAAAGCAGCAGCUUCAUUUUACGAAAAAGCACUAGAAAUUGAUCGAAAAAGUCUCCCGGAAGAUCAUCAUUCAUUGGCUAAUACCUACAACAACAUCGGUACAGUGUAUAACAACAUGGGUGACUACUCGAAAGCACUUGAAUUUUACGAAAAAGAUCUCGAAAUCACGAAAAAAGCUCUGUCUCCGAAUCAUCCCGAUUUGGCUAGUUCCUACAACAACAUCGGCCAAGUGUAUAACAACAUGGGUGACUACUCGAAAGCACUUGAAUUUUACGAAAAAGCACAUAAAAUAAAAGAAAAAGCUCUGCCUGCGAAUCAUCCCGAUUUGGCUAUUUCCUACAACAACAUCGGUGGAGUGUAUAAGAACAUGGGUGACUACUCGAAAGCACUUGAAUUUUAUGAAAAAGCACAUAAAAUAGAAGAAAAAGCUCUGCCUUCGAAUCAUCCCGAAUUGGCUAUUUCCUACAACAACAUCGGUCUCGUGUAUAACAACAUGGGUGACUACUCGAAAGCACUUGAAUUUUACGAAAAAUCACUUAAAAUAAGAGAAAAAGCUCUGCCUGCGAAUCAUCCCUCAUUGGCUAAUUCCUACAACAACAUCGGUGGAGUGUAUGACGACAUGGGUGACUACUCGAAAGCACUCUCAUUCUUAGAAAAGGCACUUUCUAUCUUGCAAAAAUCACUUCCACCUAACCAUCCUUAUAUUAUAAUGGUCACAAACUCAAUUGACUAUGUAAAAAAGAAAAUGUAA